AUGCCCUCUCCGCGUUUCUCUGUAAUCCAGGCGCUUGCAGCCGUCGCGCUCGGGCUCCACGCGGCCCAGGCUGCGCUGUUCGUGAGCCCGACGAGCGAAGUGCUCAGCAAGUCCUACGAUGUCAUCGUUGUUGGCGCUGGCGCGGCAGGGGCGGUGAUGGCGAACCGCCUCACUGAAGAUCCGGACACGACCGUUCUGCUCAUCGAGGCAGGCUCAGACGACUUCAUGAACUUGAACAUCUCGGUACCUGGAUUCGCCUCCAGGCUCACUGGGUCACAGUUUGACUGGAACUUUACCACGACCCCACAAGAAGGCCUGAACAACCGGGCAAUCCAAUACCCUCGCGGCUUCGUCCUCGGCGGCUCCACUGCGAUCAACCUCAUGGCCUUCUGCCGCGGGACCAAGGACGACUUCGGCAGGAUCGCAAACGUUACUGGAGACAGUGGAUGGGAGUGGGAGAAUCUUCUACCCUUCGUGCUGAAGGUCGACAACAUAACGGCCCCAGCGGACGGGCAUAACACGACUGGGCAAUACAAUCCGGCGGUCCACCGCCAUGCUGCUGAUCUUGGUUUAGGAGUUGUGGACAUUAGCGUCCCGGGGAUGUUCCUGGAGCCCAUCGACUCCAUUGCUCUGAACACCUCUGCUGAACUCCCAGACGAAUUCCCUUUCAACCUUGACUACAACUCCGGUGACACAAUUGGCUUCAGUUGGGCUCAAUGGACUAUCCACGACGGCGUACGCGUCACUUCAGCGUCCUCGUAUCUUGCCCAAGCUUCCAGCCGUACUAACCUCGACAUCCUCGUCAAUACUCGUGUGACGAAAAUACUGCCAGUUGGCUCCUGUGCUGACACUCCAGAUAUGCGGACAGUCGAGUUUGCUCAAUCUGCAGAUGGUCCGACUUACAACCUCACUGCGUCAAAGGAGGUGAUUUUGUCUGCGGGGUCUAUCAAGACUCCUCACAUCCUCAUGUUAUCUGGCAUUGGUGAUGCAACGCACCUUUCUGACAAGGGUAUCACUCCUAUUGUCAACCUCACUGCUGUAGGCAGAAAUCUCCAGGACCACGUCUUCCUCCCUAAUUCGUGGAAUGUCACUGCCAACUUCACUCUCGACGACCUUCAUCGGAGCGCCAACCUGACCGCGGAGCAGCUUCAGCUCUGGAUGACGAACGGAACAGGCUUUUUGGGACUUCCGCCUUCUGAUCAGUUCAUGUGGCUGCGUGCAAAUGACUCGAUUUUCACCGACAUCGAUGCGGAGGACCCAAGCGCGGGUCCUACCUCCGCUCACUUCGAGAUCAUCAUCAGUGACAAUUUCGUGUCGAAGCGCGUUGCCCUCCCGUCAACAGGCCGCUUCCUCUCCCUCAUCACGAACGUCAUCUCCCCUUCGUCCCGCGGCAACAUCACCCUGAACACGACCGACCCGUUCGACGCCCCCCUCAUCAACCCCGCACUGCUCUCGACGGACGUCGACCGCGCGAUCAUGCGCGCCGCGAUCGCCGCCGUGCGCCGGUUCGCCGCCGCGCCCGCGUUCGCCGGCUACCUCGUCGGCGAGUUCGGCGCGUUCGGCGCGGCGCGGAGCGCGGACGAGAUCGACGCAUACGCGGCGGACAACGCGGACACGGUCGACCACCCCGUCGGGACCGUCGCGCUGGGGAGCGCGCUCGAGCGCGACUUCCGCGUCAAGGGCACGAGGGGGCUGAGGGUCGUCGACGCGAGCACGUUCCCGUUCGUCCCGUCGGCGCAUACACAGGGGCCGACGUACAUAGUCGCGGAGCGCGCGGCGUCGCUGGUUAAGGCGGGGUUAAGGCGGGCUUGA